AUGGAUAUUAUCAAGGGAAGCUUGGAUGGAAUUUCAAAACCAGCUUCAAUUUCAAGAACUCGCCCUGGGAGUAGAGGCUCAAAUUGUUCUUUGGAGGUGCUCAGCCCAGAACCUGUACCACCCAAGGUUGAGAAACCUAUAACCAUAAUUAGGAUAAACUCUGGUAAAGAAGCCCACUCAGAAAGUAAUAAUACAGAGGAAAGUGGAAACAGUAAUGAUGAUAAAGAGGAUAAUUAUACUGAGAAACUAACAUUGAUUGAAGAGGAGUCAAAUAAAGACCCAAACUUGAUGCAACAUCAGCUAAACUCUGAGUGUUCAGAUGAAUUAAUAGAUGCUCAGCUUCAAGAAGCUAUUCACAAGAUGAAGAAACUGGAUAAGAUAUUGGUGAAGAUACAAUAUAGAGAAAAAGAGAUUAAGAAGCAAACUAAAGAAUUGAGAAUAAAGUUGUGGAAAGAACUGAAGUCUGCAAAAAACCGUGAGACUUUGCAAAGUAGUGAGGAGAAAGAAAAUACAAAAAAGUUUCUAGCUUUGACUAAUGAAUCAGAAGACACCAUUGAUUCUUCUCUGUAUGAGGUUGAAGAUACCUUUUCUUCAAUAUUUCACACUCAGAUCCCUCCUGAAGAAUAUGAAAAACAUAUUCAGAAUGUUAUUCCAGACUUUACCUAUGAUGUGGCAAGGAAACAGUCAUUGAUCAAAGCAGAGAAGAGACCUUUCUCAGACACAGAAAAGAUUGGGCCCAGGAGCAAACCCAGCCAGGAUCUUAUUAAGCGAAACAUUGAGUUAGCGAAAGAUUCAGGAAACCCAGUGGGUAUGAGUGACACAGAGAAGAAAAGACUGAUUGAACUUCUGAAAGAUUUGGAUGAUAAAGAUUCGGGACUAUCCAGUUCUGAGAGUGAUCAGUUGUCCUGUGGGCUGGCCCCAGGAGAAGGAUAUACUUUUACAGCUCACCAGCAUGAGCAGCUUGCUGAAAUUGAUACCAAACUCCAAGAACUCACUGCAUUCUGUUCUUCCAGACUUGAAAACCAGAACGAUCAACAUCCUGGCCUUAGUGAUGAUGGCAGAAAAAUGGAAAUAACUCCAGGAGAAAAGGUCCUUCGAGAUGCCAGGGAGGAACGGGAUCAGCAGCAGCGUCUGAGAGAGAUUGAUGAAAAGCUGAGAAAGAUGAAGGAGAACAUGCUAGAUUCAACAUCACUUCUUUCUGAGGAACAGUUAAAGUGUCUUCUGGAGGAAUGCACAGUCAAAGAAAAAUUCAUGGUUAGAUAUUCUUCAGAAAGAGAAAAAGAAGUCAUCAAUGACGUAGUACCCGAGUUCCCCUCACUGUCAAGAUCUGCCUUCUCUGAGCUACUGAAUGGGUCAGAGCUUCAGGACAAAAGCACCAAGAAAGAGGGUGAAGCCAUGUCCGAGAGUGAGAGCACUGAAGAAGCCAAUAUAGGUUUCUAUCUCACCAAAGCCUUGACUGACUGUUCUAUGUCAUCGGCUCUAGCCAUUGAAGCCAAGAACAUCAACUGCCUUCAGUUUUCCAAGGAUGAAGUUACUAAUGACACAGCUGAUUAUUUUAUGUUGAAGACUCGUGGCAUUGGGAGACUAAAAAGGCCUUCUUUCUUGGAUGACCCACUGUAUGACGAUAACAUGAGCCUUUCAUCCAAAGAUGAACAUCUUAAUCAUAGCUCUCCAGAGAUACCAAAAGCAGUUGAGAGUGUGUGUGUUGAAUUUCCACCCGUAACAGUCAAGUUUGGGAAGCUCUGUUCCCAACCACAUGCAUUAUUACAGAGGAGUAUAUUUUUCUUAAUAAUUCGCACAUUUCUGACUGCUGAAAACCUCGUCAUUGUUUUUAAUGUGCAGAUGAACAGAGGACUGAAGAUGCCAGAAAAGAGCAUGAAGAAUCGGAAGCAAAAACUUGCUGGAUUGAGUCUAUGGAGAUGGCUAGAUGCAGACAUGGCUACUGUGUUCGCGGGGCAUGGUUUCAGCUACCAGGGCUUCCAGAAGUAUGAGAAGGGAGAGUGGGAGUAG